AACAAUAACGCAUGACCUUCUUUCAGUCACCUCAUCUGACGCCUCUUCUCUACUGUCUCCGAAGCAUUUUGCCCGUGAGAGAAACACCAUGGGAAGGAAACCCAAUGCUCUUGUCAAGCUCAAAGAAAGGGUUAAUGUCGCUGAGAGUACAGUUCCUACUGUUACAGAGGUGCACUUGGAGCACAAUAAUAGCAAUUCCUUCUUGCAGCCUGAAAGCUCGAAACAGCCUGCAAAUUCUUCCUUGGAGGGAGUGGAACUGAACCUUCAAAUGCAAGCAGACUUUGCUAAGUCAUCUUCAAAAAAGAAAGCAAGGCAAACCCCUGCCAAGGUUAGGCGAUCUGAGCGUCUUCAAACUUCAGCUGUGGAUACUCAAAACCAAGAUAUUGAGCGUGUCAUUGAAGAGAUAACUCUCAGUGGAAGCGAUGAAGAAGAGGACCCUGUGGAUGCAGAAUUGCCGGAGCCUACUUUGACGGGCAAAAACUUGGAAGGAAAAGUAGACUAUAUUCUGAAAAUGCUAGAGGUGCAACGUAAGACCACAGAUGUGAAGUUUAAGGCAACCAAGAACUCUUUUAGUGGGAACUGUAGCGGUGGGGGUGAUAUCACAUAUAAAAGCUUAUAUAUUGAUUCCGAAAAGAAGGUUGAAGCCUUAAUGGAGGAAAAUUAUCAGCUUACUUUGAAGUUACAAAAUGCUCUUGGCAAAAUAGAAGCAUAUGAGAAGGGGAACCCUAUGGUUUGUGAGAUGCUGGAGAAGUUCAAUGAGAUCUUGCUCUCACAACUAUCAUCUGAAGCAAUUGAUGGCAAUUUUACUGCACCUGAAACUGGUACUGCUGCUAAGAGAAAGAGACUCGACAAGCAAACAAGAGGGAACGGACACUCUGACAAUCUCAUGUAGUCUUUGUUUUGCUUCGAUGGAACUAGUGGGCUCUUGGACAGAAUAUCAGGAGCCCACGAUCACUUCUUUCUUUUUAUCAAAGCAAUACUUUUGAGGUUCAAGUCGCUGUAUCAUUUGCGCGCGCCCGUUUAUCCGCAGCAGGUGUUUUUAUCCUUCACUUUUCAGCAACUCUCUGUUUGAUUAGCCAUGAAAGGAACUGAACAGCUCUGAUAAGUUCAUUA